GGAUUGGGAGUCCCAGGUUUCUGUUUAUAUCUUCAUCUUGGCAUUUGCUGAUUUGACAAUAUUAUUUACAGUUUGAAUAUCCGAUCAGAGUUGCUUUAAAAAAAUCGGGACAAACUCUUAAGAGGAAGCGGACAAAGAAUAUUUAUGACAUAAAUAGAAUGCUUCCUAAAAGUCAUAUGGACAACUGCUGACUCUCGAGAAAUGAAAAAAUAAGAGUAGGAUGCAGCAAGAGACAAAGUCAGCCGUCACCCUAAAUUCAGAUCUAGAUGUGGAUGGUGAUAUUUCAACAAAACAGCCAGCUGUACAGAAUCUGAUACCAAAUCAAAAAGGCCAUAUUGUCCUAUCACUUUUUCCUGACUUUCAAAUUGGGAACAAUUCAAUGGAUCCUCGGAGUUAUCUGACCCCAUCGCAGGGUUCUAUGUCUAUAGAGAGCAAACGCCGAGAACAGAUGAUGGCAGAUCUUUGGUCACACAGUCAUGGUGUGUCACAAAACCAGUUCCUUUCUGUGGUUCGAGAGUUAAAGAAAACCAAAACAGCUAUGAAAGAAUUACAGCAGAAGUUGGCAGAUUACAAAAAUGCUAGUUUUGGUGACAAGCAAUCAGAAGCGACCAGUUUUCUGGAAGAAAGAGUGAAGGCACAACAGAGUGAAAUACGGGAUCUAAAACAGAGAAUUGAGAAUCUUCAGGUUCACAAGAAACAUAUGAAAAAUGAUAUAGAAGGAAUCUCUGUGGCUCCCGCCUCCAAUUCCUUGGAAUUCUCUAGAAAUAGCAGGGAAAAUAGUUUCUCAAAGGAGGACAAUGAAGUCAGUCGGAGGGAAAAACAGCUUCAAGAUGAAAUCCAUAACUGGAAACAGAAAGUAGAACACAUGAAGAGGGAAAAUGCUGAGAUGAAAGAAAAUUAUGCAAGGUUAGAGAAAAGACUGGAGUGUGAGAAAUUUUCCUCCAUUCAGAAAUGGUCUGAACUUUCAACAGAGAAUGCAAAGUUCAGAAAAGAACUUAAUAUAGCAGAGGAAGACAGGAAAGUUUUCUUGGAACAGGUGGACCAAUUAUUAAUCCAGGUUAAUGAAAAAGAUCGAAGACUGCAGAAAAUGCAAGAAAGUUAUGAACAAGCAAUACAAGACAGAAAUGUAUACGAACAAAGAAUAGCAGAAAUGAAAGCUCGUCAAGUAGAGGAGACCAACCCUUUAUACCCUCGUGCUGGGAAGGUGGUACAUCGUAAUUAUCAUGAAGAAGGGUCUAGAACUCACAGUACAGUGCAGGACUUACACGAGGCACUAAAUAAAGUGAAGAGACAACCGAGCCAUAAUCCCCGAACGUACAGGUGUGAUAGGUGUUAUGAAGAAUUCACAUUGGAAAAAGACCAUUUGGAACAUAUUCAGAAAUGUUAUGAUUAAAUCUCACUUUAUGUAGUUGAAAAAUCAAAUAAUUCUUUUGUUGUGUCCUGAAUGAUUUAUUACAAAGAUUAUUUUUCUUAUAUGAAUAUAUUUUUAGUCACGUUUGCUUUUUUAAGAUUUCAAUUGUGAGAAUGUUCCACUUAAUAUAAGAGAUGUCAGAAAUAUAUAAAACAAUAAAUAUAGGAAUUUUGUGAUUUUAUAUUUAGUGACCAGACAAUUUAUUCCUGAUAGAUUUAAUACAUUUAAAAAAAAAAUUCCUCUUGAUGUUCAUAGAACCUUGGAAUAUUUUUUCUUCACUGUUAUUAUUAUUUGUCAAGCACAUUCUAUUUUCAGAGAUCAUCACACUGCAAUCUUAAUUACCUUAAUGUGGAUUUAAGACACUGUCAUGUUUUGACAACAAUUAUUAAAGUCGUUAGUGUCUCAGUCAU